AUGACUCAAAUCAAGCUCGAGGUCAUAGACGAGGAUGAAGAUGAGAAACUGUACGACGACCCCGAAUGGGAAGACAUGGUGCGCGCGUUCAACUGGAACGACCUGAAGCCGGCUCGCCCCGGAUACUGCUUGCCGCCCUUUCUGGCCGAGAGCCAGCACAAGUACCCAAACGACGACGUCCGCGAUGAUCCCAUGUUCAAUACCUAUUACCUGGUCCUCGCUCGCCCUCUUUAUGCUGGUGGCGUCGAUUCCAUGCAUUUCGCUAUGCAAGGCUAUGAUCAAAAGCCUCCCUGGAAGCUCAAGGCGACGUGGAAGGAGUGUGUCUCGACGUGGCAGCUUGGUUGUCGGCUCGGGCAGCACGAACAUCAACUCCCCGACGACUCGGAUCUCCCGCCUCUCCCUAUGUCUCCCCGCCGGGUGCAGUCCUCCCAAGAGCGCAGCGCGACGUUGCCUGGAACAUCAGGUCCUCGCUCCCAGCACCAUGCGUCAACUACAGCCCCUCGGACUCCUGCGCGCAGCACAACUCCGUCCAUGCCCCGGGCGAGCCAGUCAGGCAGCCGGGCUGCGCGGAGCGUUACACCCGUCCUUUAUCCGACACCCCGCGUUGACCGUACCGACGCGCCUGUCACACCCAGCAGGACGCCCCGUCCGCGGUCUUCCCGCACUGCCGGCUCUUCCAGCGUCCGCGCAAGCCACACUCCAGGCCCCGCUUCCCCCAGCCCGACCAAGCUUCUUUUUGCCUCGCGUGGCUCAACGCCCCUAUCGGGGGUGUUAACGCAGAACCCUGCGAGGCUCGAGGAGCUGCUCGAGACCGCUGACGAGGUCUUCGUUUCCGGUGGCGAUACUGCUGCUGCUGUCGAGGAAGCCCUCAAGUUCUUCGCGCAAAAGCUAGCCGUGUUUGUGAAAUCCCACCCGACGUGCUUCAAGAUUCGCGUCGUGAUUCUUCAGAAGCGUAUCUUCGACACUGCGAAGACCGGGGCAAGAACGAGCCGACAGCUAGAAGCUAAAUCCGAGGGAAACAACAACAACAGGAGGCGCAUCUAUGUCAUUGCUGACCCAGCCUCCGACAACGUAGGCUGUCGCGUCAGUUCAGAUGAACUUGUGGGCAGAGCGUCCAAUAGCAUGCCGAGACCACGCAAGAAGGCCGCAGAUGAUCCCUCGGCGCGCAAGCGCGGGCCCACCCCAUGGUGUGUCGGCAACAAGGCUGCCUUCCUUCGUCGUCGAUUCCCAACAUGGCUCGCCCUCGACCGCAAGCGUCGCGGACUCUACCUGGACGCCACGCUUGUCGCCUUCGUCCUCGCGUUCGGCAUGUUCUUUGACAUCAAGACGGACCUGGACUAUCUUCCUGACGAGCCGGAGGCCGGAAAGACGACUAUCAACUUCGACGACUACGAUGACGCCCGUCGCGAACGUGCAGAGGCGUAUAUGAAGGGAUUACGCACUAAAAUCAGCACCUUCCUCCGUGAAGAACGCGACCGCAUGUCCGACGCAGCGAAGAAUGUCGAUAUCAACACCCUCUGGAAUGAGCACAUACAGGCGCAGGCACAGAAGCGGCCCUCGGGCACUCUCCGACUGACGCAUUACUACUCCGUCUACCACUACGACGAGCGCAUCAAGAGCGCGUUCGAGGCGGAGUGGGAAGAUGUCUGGAAGGUCUGGAGGGAGAAGUGCGCGGCAUGGGAGGAUGAAGGUGUCGCCAUCCCCACGGACGAGAAGGAGCCUCAGGCAGUCGCAGUCCGCACACGCGUCACCCAGGCGUGCUGGGACCGGGAGCCCCAGCCUUUCAAGGUUCUUGUUCAGGACGCAUACGAGAAGUACAAGGCGGAGAAGCAUGCCAGUCGCGGCAUCCCGGCGGACAUCCCUGACGAGUUGCGCACGCCGCAAGAUUUCCAAGAUGCCCUCGACGCUGCUGCUGUGUACCUACCUCCCACGGCCGAUGCUGUUGGCGGCAAGACGGGUUGGAUUUGCACUGUCCUCAUCGCCGGCCCUAUGCCUUCAGAGGGUGGCGAGAUUGGCAUGCUAAGUGUACACCACGGGGUCACGCUCGACAGCCAACUCAAGUGGUACCAGGCCGAUCGAGUGAACUUCGGCAAGGUGGAGCAGUUUUACAUUGGCUUCGCUAAGCGCUGUUACUGUAACCAAGGAGACGUGUGGCGACCGAUCUCUGGAAGACGGCGAUGGGAGCGGCACAGGAACAUCGCGUACAGCAAUCCUGGGAUCUGCACCUCAGAAGACCAUCGCCCCAGGCCCUCCGUCCUCCAACUCCCGCACUCCCUCUCCCGCUCGACAGAAACUUACAAGAUUGAGACGCGGACGGCCGCCAUCCCGCGCGACAUCGCCGACGUCAUCCCGCGCAACAUCGCCAACUCGUGCACCCUCAUCAACCCGCGCGCCGUCGCCGACCCGCGAUCCAUCGCCGGUUCAUGCGCCGUCGCCGAUUCGCUCCCGCCAACCCCCUACCCCUCGCCAUACAAGGACGCUCCCCCGCGCUUCCGCAUAUCGCUGGAAUCGCUUACUCGACCGCUGUCCCAGAUCACCAACUCUAUCGAUGAUCUGAAUGGCCUCGAGGAGGAGCAUCUGUCGGCUCCCGAGCAACCGCGAGCGACGCGUCGUGCAGCCCUUCCUGAUGAUGCCGAUGUGGAGAGUGGCCGGUCACACGAGGUCUGGUCGUACCAUUCGACAGACAGAUGGUCGCUACACAUCCGCGACGUCUUCAGCGCUGUCCAACGUGGGCGUGACUGGGGUCUUGCCUUCGCUACCGCCGUCUGCGCCUUCUUCAAGCUUGAAGACCAGAUGGAUUAUCCCCUCCGACACGAUGGACGCCGCAUCCUUGGCGGCAGUAUUCGCCCUGCUGCAUACAGCACCUGGACUCGACAGGGCUGCCCAUACGACCUCUCUAUCGACCUCGGAGAUCUCUCAGCCUUUGCGUCGAAGUACUGGCUCUGGUGGGAGGCUCUGCAGCCCGCAGGACGCCUCAAUCCCAACAACAGCCUCAUUGCUAUCGAGGAGUUCGAGGGCAUGGUGCAGGGGAUAGACGACUGGGAUGGCUUGGAGAAGUGUUGUGGCAAGGAAGGCAUCGUUCAGGUCCUCCUUCUCCUCCUCUGGUGGGGCGACGCAGUCAACAGCACGAGGGCGAGGCCUGAGGAGUGGCUGGAGUGGGACACCGCCGUCCAGGAUUUUCGUGACGUCUUAUGCCUCAUGAUGCGCACACCAGGCUUCGAGAAGGUUGCGAGAAGGCGUGCUCGUACUCGGCUGGCCGCGGACAUGGCCGACAACGAGAAUGCUGGUACUGGCAAGUCCACCAAGGGCUCGCAGAAGCGCAAGGCAGGCGAUGCCGGCCCCAACAAGCCAUCGAAGCGGGCGAAGGCGACGCGACCUGCUGUCAACAAGGCCGACACCAGCAACACGAAGGGUGGCAAGGGCUCGCAGAAGCGAAAGGCAGACGCGCCCCCUGUGGGCAACAAGCCGACGAAGCGGGUGAAGGCGGGCAGGACGACACCUGCCUCGACGACGGCGACAACUGCAACGACUGCGACGACCACGACAACUGCGACAACCGCAAUGACUGCGACAACCACAACGACCGCAGCGUCCACAAUGACCGUGACGUCCGCAACAACUGCAACGACUGCAACGGCUGCAACGACCGCACCAAGCACAACAACCGCGGUUGAAGGCGAAGGUCGGACCUUGCGCAACCGCGAGACGCUCGUCAAGUCGUUCAAGCACUCUGACAUUGUACAUGUGUAUAAGACGAAGGUUCUUAAAGUCAGCCAAAAUUUGCGGGUGUCGGACGUCGAUGCGGCUGUAUCGGUACAAUGGAAGGGCGAUAUCGUGGCGCGGACACACAUAGGCGGAUUUGGUAGGGAGCUGACAUCACCGCCGUUGGGCAGCGCGUCGAGAGGCGGCGCGGUGGGGGGCGGCGGCGGCAGUGCGGCGGUGCGGCGGCGGGCAGCAGCGCACAUGCCCCAAGCGGGGGUGACGCGUCGAGGGGCACGGGCGACGCAUCGGGGGGCACGGGCGAUGCGCCAAGGGCCAACGGCGACGCGUAGAGGGGUGUGGGCGGCGCGUCGAGGGGUGGUGCGGUGGGCGGCAGUGGCGGCGGGGCGGCGCCGCCGCCGCGCAUACCCCAAGCAGGCUGCCACGCCUGGCCGCGGAUUGGUUCAGGAUAGGAGAUGGAAGGGAGCCACGACGUGGAGGGCGGAUGGCGGGCGGAAGGGAUGAGCGGCGGUGUGAACGGCGGCGGUGGUGGUGGGUGGUAGCGGGAAC